GAAAUGGGCAAAUCACACGCAUCCCAUAGCGAAAACGCCAAAGAAUUUGGGGAGGGCUCGGAAGAACUAUUGUCAUCUGCCGACGAUACAGAUGAAGACGAUACGGAUAAUGAAGGCCUUAACGGCGACAACGAUCAGAUGGCCCUGGAGCGACGCAACAGCGACGCUGGGGCGUACGCCUUGCUAGCAACUCUG